CACCCAGCCCCUCCCCCAAGGUGGAAGCACGCACGCACGCGCAGCGUGUCUGGCUCCGGCCGCUGGAACCGGGGGGAGGGAGUCUGGCCAGGGCUGCCCCGGGCUCGCUUCCUCCUGUGGCGAGGCGUGUCGGGAGUCGGGGCCAUGGCGGGGGGCGGCCCGUGACGGGCCCCCGGAACGCGGCUGCUGGGCAGGGGAGCGCCAUGGCCGGGCGGCGGGGCGCGGGCGGGGCGGCCCCCUUGGCGGAGGCGCCGGGCUGCGGGCCCGCGGCGGAGCCGGCCCGGGAGCUGUUCGAGGCCUGCAGGAACGGGGACGUGGAGCGGGUUAAGCGGCUGGUGCGGCUCGAGAACGUGAACGGCAGGGACACGGCGGGCAGGAAGUCCAGCCCCCUGCACUUCGCCGCAGGUUUUGGUCGGAAGGAAGUAGUUGAAUAUUUGCUUCAGAGUGGUGCCAAUGUCCAUGCACGAGAUGAUGGUGGCCUCAUUCCUCUUCAUAAUGCCUGCUCUUUCGGUCACGCUGAAGUUGUCAGUCUUCUUUUGCAUCAUGGUGCAGAUCCUAAUGCUCGGGAUAAUUGGAACUAUACUCCUCUUCAUGAAGCUGCCAUUAAGGGCAAGAUUGAUGUCUGCAUAGUACUGCUGCAGCAUGGUGCUGAACCAGCCAUCCGUAAUACAGAUGGAAGGACAGCUUUGGAUUUAGCAGACCCAUCUGCAAAAGCAGUGCUGACAGGUGAUUACAAGAAGGAUGAACUCUUAGAAAGUGCCAGGGGUGGUAAUGAAGAAAAGAUGAUGGCUCUUCUGACACCAUUAAAUGUCAACUGUCAUGCAAGUGAUGGCAGAAAGUCAACUCCAUUACACUUAGCAGCUGGGUAUAACCGGGUUAAGAUUGUGCAGCUGUUACUACAGCAUGGAGCUGAUGUACAUGCCAAGGAUAAAGGAGAUUUGGUGCCACUUCACAAUGCCUGUUCCUAUGGUCAUUAUGAAGUAACAGAACUUCUAGUAAAGCAUGGAGCAUGUGUGAAUGCUAUGGAUCUGUGGCAGUUCACUCCUCUGCAUGAAGCAGCUUCUAAGAACAGGGUGGAAGUGUGUUCUCUCUUGCUAAGUUAUGGUGCUGAUCCAACACUGUUGAACUGUCACAAUAAAAGCACCAUUGAUUUAGCCCCAACACCUCAAUUAAAAGAACGAUUGGCAUAUGAAUUCAAAGGUCACUCCUUGCUACAGGCGGCCAGAGAAUCAGAUGUAGCUCGCAUCAAAAAAUAUCUUUCUUUGGAAACAGUGAAUUUCAAGCAUCCUCAAACUCAUGAAACAGCACUGCACUGUGCUGCUGCAUCUCCGUAUCCCAAGAGAAAGCAAGUCUGUGAAUUACUUCUGAGAAAAGGAGCCAACAUCAAUGAAAAGACAAAAGACUUCUUGACACCUCUCCAUGUGGCAUCAGAAAAAGCUCAUAAUGAUGUCGUUGAAGUUGUUGUGAAGCAUGAAGCUAAGGUUAAUGCAUUGGACAAUCUUGGUCAGACUUCUCUGCAUAGAGCUGCACAUUCUGGCCAUCUGCAGACAUGCAGAUUGUUGUUGAGCUCUGGAUGUGAUCCCUCAAUUGUGUCACUGCAGGGUUUUACAGCUUUACAAAUGGGGACUGAAAAUGUGCAACAAUUACUACAAGAAGGCAUCCCAUUAGGUAAUUCAGAUGCAGAUCGACAGUUGCUGGAAGCUGCAAAGGCAGGAGAUGUGGAUACUGUAAAAAAGUUAUGUACAGUUCAGAGUGUGAACUGCAGAGAUAUUGAAGGGCGUCAGUCCACACCACUUCACUUUGCAGCAGGAUAUAACAGGGUGUCUGUGGUUGAGUAUCUUCUUCAGCAUGGUGCUGAUGUUCAUGCAAAAGAUAAAGGAGGUCUCGUCCCUUUGCACAAUGCUUGUUCCUAUGGUCACUAUGAAGUAGCAGAACUGCUUGUUAAACAUGGUGCAGUUGUAAAUGUAGCUGAUUUGUGGAAGUUCACUCCCUUACAUGAAGCUGCAGCAAAAGGAAAAUAUGAGAUCUGCAAACUUCUAUUACAGCAUGGUGCUGACUCCACAAAGAAGAACAGAGAUGGAAAUACUGCCUUGGAUCUUGUUAAAGAUGGUGAUACUGAUAUUCAAGACCUACUUAGAGGAGAUGCAGCUUUGCUAGAUGCUGCCAAGAAGGGUUGUUUGGCCCGAGUAAAGAAGCUUUGUUCACCGGACAAUGUAAAUUGUCGUGACACACAAGGAAGACAUUCAACACCACUACAUUUAGCAGCUGGUUACAACAAUUUGGAGGUUGCAGAGUACCUGUUACAGCAUGGAGCUGAUGUGAAUGCACAGGAUAAAGGAGGGUUGAUUUCUCUACAUAAUGCUGCAUCUUAUGGGCACGUAGAUGUAGCAGCUUUACUUAUAAAGUAUAAUGCGUGUGUGAAUGCUACGGACAAAUGGGCUUUCACACCUUUGCAUGAAGCAGCCCAGAAAGGAAGGACACAGCUUUGUGCCUUGUUAUUGGCACAUGGAGCUGAUCCUACUCUGAAAAACCAGGAAGGACAAACACCAUUAGACCUGGUCACCGCAGAUGAUGUUAAUGCACUGUUGACAGCUGCUAUGCCUCCUUCUGCGUUGCCAUCUUGUUAUAAACCUCAGGUUAUAAAUGUAUCUCAAACCACCGGACCUACGGCUGAUUCCCUGUCUUCCGUUCCAUCCAGCCCAUCCAAUCUGUCUGCUGCCAGUAGCCUUGACAACUUAUCUGGUAGCUUUUCUGAACUCCCUUCAGUUGUUGGUACAAAUGGUGCAGAGGGAGCAAUUGUUUUAGAGAAAAAGGAAGUUCCAGGUAUAGAUUUUAGCAUAAAUCAGUUUGUGAGAAAUCUUGGACUUGAACAUCUGAUUGACGUAUUUGAGAGAGAGCAAAUAACACUGGAUGUAUUGGUUGAAAUGGGCCACAAAGAGUUAAAGGAAAUUGGGAUCAAUGCUUAUGGACAUAGGCAUAAAAUCAUUAAAGGAGUUGAGAGACUGAUCUCUGGACAGCAAGGUCUUAACUCAUACCUCACUUUGAAUACUUCUGGUAGUGGAACAAUUCUUAUAGAUCUCUCUCCUGAUGAUAAGGAAUUUCAGUCAGUGGAAGAGGAGAUGCAGAGUACAGUCCGAGAGCACAGAGAUGGUGGGCAUGCUGGUGGAGUGUUCAACAAAUACAAUUUUCUGAAGAUUCAAAAAGUGUGUAACAAAAAACUCUGGGAAAGAUACACUCACAGGAGGAAAGAAGUUUCUGAAGAAAAUCAUAACCAUGCUAAUGAAAGGAUGCUGUUUCAUGGUUCCCCGUUUGUGAAUGCAAUCAUUCAUAAAGGUUUUGAUGAGAGACAUGCAUACAUAGGUGGAAUGUUUGGAGCUGGUAUAUAUUUUGCUGAAAACUCUUCCAAAAGCAAUCAGUAUGUAUAUGGAAUUGGAGGUGGCACUGGAUGCCCAGUUCACAAAGAUAGAUCUUGUUAUGUUUGCCACAGGCAGUUGCUGUUUUGCCGUGUAACAUUGGGCAAGUCUUUCCUGCAGUUCAGUGCAAUGAAAAUGGCUCAUUCUCCUCCAGGACAUCAUUCAGUUACUGGUCGACCUAGUGUAAAUGGACUAGCUUUAGCAGAGUACGUCAUAUACAGAGGAGAACAGGCUUAUCCAGAAUAUUUGAUUACUUACCAGAUUAUGAAACCUGAAGCCGCCAUGGAAGCUUGAGGCAGAUUGCUUUUGGAAAUUAACAGAUUUGAACAUGAAGAUAUCAAUACCUAACAUCAUCUAAAUUACACUGAAUUGAUGAAAAUGUUUUAUCCACAGGCAUUGUGGUAGAAAAUGUGAAAAAAUCUAACAUUUUGACUUGAUAAAGCUUUAAUAAUGUACAGUAUGUUUUCUAAAAUUUCAAAAACUUCCUCUUUUUCAGCACUUUAACAGAUACCAUUCCAGGUAAACUGGGUUUGUCUGUACUAAAUUAUAAGCAUAAAUUAAUUUGAACUAUGCUUUUUAUAUAAUACUACAUUGAAAUCUAGCAGAAACUAUAAUAUUCCACACAGGAAUUCAUUUUACUUAUACUGUGUUCUUUAAAACACUGCAUUUACACUGAAUACAAUUUCAUUUGUAAAACUGUAAAUAAGAGCUUUUGUACUAGCAUGAUAUUUAUUUACAUUGCUUUGUAAUAUAUGUGUUUUAGAACUGCAACCUUGUAAAAAGUAUUUUUUUCCAAAUGUUGCAUUGUUCAUCUAUGUUUCAUCAUACACGAUAAACAGGAGAAGAUUUUGAUUCCAGGGUUUGUCUUUUGGGAAGGGGGAGAAUAAAUUUGAUUUUAAUUAACCAGUUUAGAAUUAUACAAUGCUUGAACAGUUAUUCAAAAGAUACUCCUGUGGUUUUAUUUACAAAAUAUGCAUUCCAGAGAUUCAUGGCCUAUGAAAGUAGGACACUCCAUUUGAUUAUUGAAGUAUUUUGCCGCCUGUUUACCCGAAUUUCACAUUUCAUGGUCAUGAAAUUGUCUUCUAGAAUUUGUAUUGGACUAGAUCUGUAGUUAAUCAGUAGUCUUAUUUCAAGGCUAUUAGAUCUUGUGAAUUAUGGCUAAUAAAUGAUUUUCCUUGAAUGUAGGUGGAAACUUUACUUCAAGGAGAUCUUUCUUUCUAGAUAAGUCCCUAACACUUUAAAUUAACACAAGGAAGUUGAAUACAUAAUGUCUAGUGAGAGUGAAUAAAUUGAUUUAUUUUCUGGCACAUCAUGGUUAGUCCAUGUAACUUGUGGGUGCGCACAGAAUAUAAACAUUAUGGGGUGGACAUCUUUAGGCCAUCCCUGUCUCUUUCUGUUUAUGCUUCUUCCUUGUUUAUGCUCAGGCUGGUAGCUUCAGCAGUAAUAGAAGUUUGCUGCUGCAGUGCUUUGUGCUGAAUGAAAUUGAUAGGAUUGUAGGAUCUUAGUCUGUUGCAUUAGUUGGAUAGAUAAAACACUCGUGCAUGAGCAGAAAGAGCUAUGCAGCUAUUGGCUACAGUUGCCCCAUGACUAUCUCUUGGGGGAUAAGGGAGGAAAGGAGAUAAACCACCUGAUCAAGGAACAUUACAGAUAAAUGAAUGCACUGCCCUCUUGUUCACCCCACCAUAGUUCAUCUGCAUUCUAUAUUUUUACUCUAUCUGCAAUUUUUACCUACAUAUUUAAAAAUGUAAAUGUAAAUAUAAUGCAGACAAAAUAUAGUUGAUACCAUGGGUUUAAUUUUAAACUAAAUAAGAGCAUAUUUUAAUUGGUUAUAUUUCUACAUCUAGGUCUCUGCCCCAUAAGUUAAUUUGUUUGCAGGUCAUAUGACGUAACAUGGUUUUAAAUGUAAUAAUUAGUCAAGACUACUAAAUCGUCUUGCUGAUAUGGUGAUAAUGUAAUUAUUCUGUACAUGAAUAAGUGUACUGAAAAGUACAAAAUUAUGUGAGGAAUCUAAGUAAUAAAUAAGAUCAUAAAAGCUAACUCUUGCAGAAAGCAAUAUUGACAGUGAAUAAAAGGUGCUUUAAUUUAAGGUAUUUUUUCCCAGGAUGUUGCCCACUCCUUGGUUUAGUGUAAUGCUGGAACUGGUGGUCAUGCAAAAUCUGGUAAAUAUGAUUAAAACAUUAAUAUUUUAGUUUCAUUGCUAAAAUAUUUCAUUCUCUAUGAAUGAAUUCUUAAUGUCUUGUAAAAUAUUGUGGUAAGGUAGCAUUUAAGUGGCACCACAAUGUUGUGUUUGUCUGGUUUAGUUUUUGCAUGAUAUACUUUGCAUUCUGAAGGUGGAAAUUGUAAUGGUUUGAUAGUCUUGACUUUUGAGGUGAAAUUUUUCUCUCUUGUGCAAUUAGGUCUGCUUUACUCAUCUUGAAGUGUCUUACAUGUACUGUACCACAUUCCAUACCCAUUUAACACUAAAUAAAUUUAAAUUCACUGUU